AGCCGGGCGAUUGUUGUGGUGGUUGGUGUGGUCCUGUGGUUCGUCCUUCCUAUGUUGAGGAAAAAACAUUCUACGGCAUUUUAAUCUAUCUCUAUUCUUAUAUCAUCUUCUGGAAAGUGUACGAAGCCAAGAUCGUCGGUGUUAUGUUUACUGAUUGGCUGUUUAAUAAGCUGCUCUUUGCCUCAGGGUGUGUCUUGUGGUUUGUACCUUAUUUGAGACAGUCACGCGAGAGGCUCACCCAUGUCUUUAACAGAUGGAAACUUCGUAAUGCCUUUUACUCAAAGGAAAGUUCAAGACACAGGGGAUGUCUGGAAAGACUUCAAGACACCUUUUGCCCGUCGUGGACAUGUCUGCUAAAAAACCAAGGACCGAGGUCCAAUCAGGUCGCAAACCAACAGAUGGACAACCUUAACAACGAUGAAGGGGGGAUUAAUAAUGCACCCCCGAAGAAAAGAUUGUUGAACCUUGCCGACCUCCGUGGCAUGGAACCUGAGUUGAUAUCAAACGCAACCGUCCAUGAAUGGGCGAAAAAUCCCAGCUCUGGCAGAGAUUAUGCUCUACUCACAAUGUCACCUACAAAAAUUGAGCGCCUAGAUCGAGAUCCAUCGAUUGUCAAUGUCUUUGAAGGCAAGCUGGAUCCUCGAGAUGUGGCUUUAGAUGACGCCAUGGCCACGUCUGCGGCAGCAAUUUCAGGGUAUUUUCAUUCUGUGGAGGUAAAGCGUCUUUCAACGAUUUUGGGAUUUGAAAUGGGGGCUUCGAUGAUCAGUGACAUGAAGGCGAUUAAAAGGGAGUCCUGUUGCAAGAAGCUUCUGCCGCUUGUUAUUAACAUUACUCGGGGGCUACCGUUGAUUGUUAUAUCAGCGGUCUAUUUUACUGCCGGCAGUGAAUGGUUAAUUAAAAUCGGAGGAACUGUAUUCUUUGUAAUUCACCUGAUUUUGGCCCUCAUUGGAGCUUUCGCCGACACAGGGGCUGAGACACCAAACUGUUGGGAGAAGAUAGCCAGGUGGUUCAUCGUACACGUGUCGUUUGUGGGGUUUGUCAGAGAAGCCCUUUCCAUUAAAAACGUCGGAUCCAUGCCCCCUCCUGUGAUGCUAGUCAGCGAUGGAGGCCACACGGAAAAUACCGGGAUUCUGCCAUUAUUAAAGAACAGACUCAAGAAAAUUGUCGUAGUGAAUGGUGGUUACACUUCUGAUGAGGAGAGGUAUGGAGAUGAUCUAAUGGAAGCACUGAUGCUUGCUCGUACCGAGUUAAACUGUUCGUUCAUUAGUCGGGAAGGUCGUGACGUCAUUUCAGACCUGCUCGAGACCUUCGUGAAACCAAAUAAACCGAAUGAAAAAAGGAAACCACGAUAUUAUAGAUUUAAAGUUGAGUACUACCAAGAUGAGGUUGGAAAAGUCGGCGAGGGUGAAAUUUUGAUGAUAAGGCCAAGAGAUCCGCGCAAAGGUGACCAAAGCGAAGUCAAAACCUGGGAAGAAUUUGGUUUUAAUCUGGAGCCGAAUGAUUGGGGAGAGAGUCCGUAUUUGACUGGCGACGAUGUCGAUAAGUUGACAUUCUGCUGCUGUAACUUCUGCAACAGGAAGUCCUGGCUAAGCUUUUUUUCCGAGUGGUUUUGUGACAAGUUCCCCAACAUCUCCACUGCCAAUCAAUGUUUCACACCUUUGCAGUUCUCCGCCUAUCACCGUGAAGGUUUCCGAGCAAGCGUUGAGGCACAAGCCGCUGAAUUUCUCAGCGAUGACCGAGAUAGCCAAGAAGUAUGAACAAGACAGGCGAGGCUGUGAGCAUAUUAUUAUAACGACAUUGUUUUCAGAUAUCGGAACUUUCGACCCGUUUUCCACUGCACUAACCACUUGAUCACUGCGUCUUCCAGGUCUCAGCCCAAGGACAUUUUCAAGGGUCCUAUUUUAGUCAAAAUAAGAGUAUUGUUCGCUAUGACGAAGGGCUAACGCUCGAAAUGUCGGCUUUUUAACUCUUUUCGGUGGCCAAUUUACAAUUUGAACUUAGUUGAUAUAACCAAAUUAAGAAUAUUAUACCUCACUAUAGGAAUCUGACAUAGCUUGGCAUAGCUUGACGUUUAUGUCCGUUAAUGAAGCUGUUAGAACAAGCUUCACUGUCCCCUAUGAAAGAGUAAUCUAUACACGCUCUGGACGUUAGAGGAUAGUGUUACCUCGAUAAAAUGAGAAAGCGAACUAAGUUUUCAGUGUUAGAUUUAGCUUGCUUCCUCGGUGAAAAUAUACUAGAAAGCUUUUUUGUGUGACUCAAAAUUUUUAGUUAAUUAGGCCAGCGUGGUUUCCUUCGAGGAAUUCUUUCAUCUGAUUGCUUACGCAAGGUUUCUUUGGAAAAAACUCAUGAUGCACCCGAAUAAAUGUACAACCAGCUAUUUUGACGCAGUCAAAUUUUAAUAAAUCAGUGGUUACAAAAAACUGUUCGUGGU